CUGCUGUUGUCCCGUGCUCUGCUGUAACUUAUAAAAAGUGAACCUGCAAAGCGGUUACUCGAUUCUUACGAUUCAUUAAAAGGUGCAAAAUUCACUAGUUUAAAAAUGGAAGACGAAAGCGACCAAGAGAAUACGAUUGAGGAUGAUUACUACACCUUCCUAAAUAUCCCAAGAAACGCUAGUCCUGAAGAUAUUAGCAAUGCAUAUCGUAGACAAAGUAAGCUUUAUCACCCUGACAAACAUACAGAUCCAACGCUUAAGAAGGAAGCAGAGAUUCUUUUCAAUCGUACCAAGAAAGCGUAUGAAGUAUUGAGUGAUCCACAUCAGAGGGCAAUUUAUGAUUCACUGGGAAUCCGUGGAUUAGAAACAGAAGGAUGGGAAAUUGUACAACGUACUAAGACACCUCAGGAGAUUCGGGAGGAAUAUGAGAGGCUGGCUAGGGAAAGAGAAGAAAGACGUUUGCAACAACGCACAAAUCCUAAAGGCACUGUAACAGUAAACAUCAAUGCCACUGAUCUUUUCAGUAAAUACGAUGAAGAUUACAGUGAUAACAGUGGGUUCUUCUCGUGCAUCGAAGUUAGCGGAAUGUCGUUUGCGCAAUCUAUUGAAGCACCACUCACAUUGAGAGACACGAUAACCAUGUCGGGGCAACUUGGUACACAAAACGGCACAGGCUCCGGGUCGAUCAAUGUCUCGGCGAAACGUUUAAUAUCUUCGAAAGGUUGGGUCGAAGUCGAGGUCGGAGCUGGUAACGGUCCGACGUUUUCGCUCAAAGGAUUUCGCACAUUAACGAAAAGAUUAUUCUGCGAUGGAGCGACAAUACUGCAAUUUACAUCGCACGGCAUGAAAGCUGGCUACGUAGGAACUCUUGCAAUGCAGUUGGACAAGCAUACAGUGGGAUACCUCACUUAUAGAGCUGGUAUACAGGAUGCUAUGAGCACCAUGGUGGUGAGAGAUACAUCCCGAUCGUACACUGCGAUCUCCAUACAUUUUGGACUUAUACAUUCUUUCAUCAGUCUUAAUUACACCUACAAAAUGGAAGAGAAACAGCUCAGGCUUCGUAGUAGUGUCAAGGCUGGUACUUUUGGUGCGUUUCUUGAAUAUGGUGUGGAAAAAAAGGUCUCCCAACAUAGCUCGGUUUCGGCAGCUGUACGUGUCGGUGUACCGACUGGCGUUACCUUGAAAAUUAGACUGAGUCGUGCCUCACAAGCAUACACAUUUCCAAUCCAUCUGUGCGACGAGAUUCUUCCAGCUCCUGUUUUUUAUGCCACUGUAGUUCCCAUUGUAACAUGGACGGUUAUUAAAAAGCUCAUAAUCGAUCCGGUAGUGAAAGAGCGAAAAGAACGCGAGAAGGAAAAGCAGAAAGAGAUGUACAAGUCUAGAAUAUUGGAGAAACAAAGAGAAGCCAAAGCUGCCAUUGAACUCAUGAAAGAAACUGUUAGUAGAAUAAGAGCUGAAGAGGAAUCUAAAAAAGGAUUAAUCAUUACCAAAGCUCUGUACGGUCGAUUCGUUUAUCCUCAGCAAGAUAGAUCUAAUUUGGAAGAGAGCGGACAUAGAGAUGAGAUGAUAGACGUGACGAUUCCGUUACAAUGUUUAGUCAAAGAUUCCAAAUUGAUUCUUCAUAAAGCAUCCAAGAGUCAACUACCUGGCUUUUAUGAUCCAUGUGUGGGAGAAGAUAAACAGCUUUUGGUACAAUAUCUUUUCCAUACUCAAACACAUGAAUGUAUUAUACGAGACGAUGCACCUCUCAGGAUACCAGUUUCAUCGCAUAAAGUGAACACUACCUGACAUAUGCGAUCAACAUUAAAAACGAAACGCAGUCGUCGCAAUCCUCAUAAGUGAUUGGCAUAUUAUUGCAGUGUAGAUUGUUAUCUCUUAGAGAUUUAAUUUUACAUAGAAAAUGGAAAAUACCGAGUGUUCGUUUAUUCUUUGUACAUUAGUAUUGUCUUC